CGGAAGUUUCUGGUUUUUCCUGUUUACAUCCAGGAGCCUGCGAGCUAACAGCCUAAAAUAAUCGGCUGCAGAAUUUCUAACAAAAUGCCUGACAGUUGAUGAGUUUUGUGUGUUUAUUGUUGCUUCCUGCAGGGUUUUUGGGGGGGACCAUGGCUUCAGCUCGCCCGUGUUGUCUCUGUUUACCCUCGCCGGUUGUUCUGCUGCUGCUGCUGCGGUGGCCCGGGCUGCUGGUGGCCGCGAAGCAGGUCGCUUUGGUGGAGGUUUUUCUGGAGCACCAGCCCGCUGUUAGCACUCUGCUCCAGGGGGAGGUGGUGUCAAGCCGAGGUAGCAAGAGCUCAGAGACCCGGAACGAGGAGCAGGAGGGGAACCUGGUGUUGGUUGGAGAUGACGCAACGCAGCCGAGCGAAGAAAGAGACGGGGAAAAUGGCGACUGGCAGGAGCCGUGGAUCGGCGUUGUGCCGGUGGAGAUGGACGACAGCAAAGCCUCCACUGGGAACCAGGAGUCUUUUGCUGAUGCAAUGGUUAACAAAAUGAAGCGGGCGUUGGUCCUGGGAGCGUCAGCGCUGAUCAUCCUGGCUCUGAACCAAAACACAGCCAGCGAGAUGGAUUUGUCUCAGGUUCUGCUGUCCAAGCCCAUCAUUGUGAUCCAAACGUCAGAGAACGUGACCAAGCUGAUUGGAGCUCUGCUGAGGGGUCUUCGGGCGACGGCUAAAAUCACAUAUGAGACGAUCCUACAGGACAACUUGGGCGCCACGCUGACCCUGUGGUCCAGCUGUGGCCGGUCCAGAGGCGGCCUGUACGGAGAGUGGCAGGGGGUCAUCUGCACCGGCGAGAGCAACUCUCAGGUCCAGAAGUACCUGCAGCAGCUGUGGGACACCGUCCUGCUGGUGGCGCUGAUCCUCUGCACAGGCGUCAUCGUUCAGGCCCGCUGGCAGUACCAGGACCGCCAGCUCAACGACAACCUAGAGCUUCUUCCCAAGCAGGACGUUCUGAAGAAAAUGUCGUCGCUGAAAACCAAAACGUAUCGUCGGCCCAAACCCUGGUGCGACCCGUCCCAGCAGACCGAGACGGAGAACUGCGCCGUCUGUCUGGAACCGUUCAACAACAACCAGUGUCUGCGGGUGCUGCCGUGUCUCCAUGAGUACCACAGGGAUUGCAUCGACCCCUGGCUGUUGCUGCAGCACACCUGCCCUCUGUGCAAACGCAGCAUCCUCGGCGCCGUCCGCAGAGACAGCUAGCAGCCGCUGCUCCGCCUGGACCUCGUCCCGACUCCUCCGCCCUCCCUGGGAGCGGAUCUGGACUCCAGGCGGCAGAAACUCUGCGUUAUGGAUCCCUGCUGAGCUCUUCCUGGGACGUUUGUUACAUUAAAUAUGUGGGAACUCUGCAGCUGAAGUCGGCCGCUGAAAUGUUUUGACGUGUAAAAACUAUUUAUUCGCUCCAUGGACGACGACUUCUACUUCCUCUUCCACAUGCAGUUCACUUUAGCUCCUGAAUGAUGUCAGUAACAAACAUGUUCAUCUGAUUUAUUUCCUGCUAAAAUCACUUUUGUGCUUCUUGUUUGAAAAAUUAGCAGGUUUUUUUCCAGGGUGAAAAGAUUAUUUAGCUUUCAAAAUGAUCCGUACAGAAUACCUAAAUAUAAACGACGGUGGUGUGGAAAAGUGUUUGUCCUCUUCCUCAUUUAGUAUUUUUUGCAUGUUUAUCACAGUUCAGUGUUUCAGGACAUCAAACCAAUUUAAAUAUUUAUAAAUGAAGGCAUUAGAAAUUCAAAUGUUGAUUUGGAUUUAUUUCUAAUGAUGUCUGGACUGUGUGAAAAAUGUUGGUCCAAAUUUUGGUCUAAAUUUAAACAGAAUCUCGUAUUUAAAAACCACUAAAGCUGUUUGUUUAUAAUCCUUCCACCCUGGAAAACGAAGAUCCAAACUGACCUGACGAGAGUUAAAGUGCUGUGCAAAAGUCUUUAAAAAAUAAUUUUAUUGUGAAAGUAUAUUUAAGUGUAGUUUAUAAAGAUUUUAUAGUUAUUCUCUUAACUUUGGCUCCUUUUUCCAAAUCUUAUCUCUUAUCUCCUAUCUCUCUUUGUCAUUAAAUUUAAGGAAUUUACAGCUUAUUUACAACUAUAUUUUAUUACAUUUUAGGAACUAAAAUGUUUAUUUUGUUAUUUAAGAAACUGAAUUAUUUAUUUGCACCUUUUAAUGUAUUUUUAAUAUUUUAUAAAAUAAGCUUUAGUGAUUAAAUGAAAUAUCAACAGAAAGUGCCAAUUUCUUUUCAUCCGAUUUAAAUGAUGGUUGGCUGCAGCUCUAGUAAAUUUAUGCCUGUAAUCAUGUAGAUUUUACUUUUUUUUUUAACAGCAAAUUUAGAUAUUUUUUGACAUCAUAGAAAAUCCAUGUGAAAUUAAUCUAAAAUUUCUGAGUUUUUCUUAUUUUUGGCAUGAAUUUACUCCUCUAAUGGCACCAACACUGUCAUACAAUCAGACCAACAGUCGAUGUUUGAGUGGAAAUAAAACCUUUUGGGUUUAACCAAAACAAAUCACAGAUGUAGGUCAAAGAAGGUCGCCUCCUAAAAGCUGAAGACUUUUGCACAACACUGUAAAAAAAAAAAGGAAAGUGCACAAUGAGGAGAAAUUAGUGUUAGGACGUCAUG